AUUACAGAGUGUCACCUCUGUGAUCUGUGGUGUUAACCUCAAUAUUAUUUGUUAUUGUGUCCAGCAGUUAAUUUUUUUCAGAAAAGCAUAACUAUAACGAUUAGAGACUAACAGUUUUUUCAAGAUGGGUGAACGUAAAGGCACCAACAAGUAUUACCCCCCAGAUUAUGAUCCCAAAGUUGGGGGGCUCAAUAAGUUUUUGGGGACACAUGCCCUGCGGGAAAGAGCCAGGAAAAUAGACCAGGGAAUAAUAAUAAUUCGGUUUGAAAUGCCCUACAAUAUAUGGUGCGAGGGCUGCAAGAAUCAUGUUGGAAUGGGCGUGCGGUACAAUGCUGAAAAGACUAAAGUCGGGAUGUAUUAUACAACCCCCAUUUACGAGUUUAAGAUGAAAUGCCAUCUUUGUGAUAAUCAUUAUGUUAUCAGGGCUGAUCCAGCAAAUCUGGACUAUCUAAUUAUUUCGGGGGCUCGUCGUCAAGAAAACCGUUGGGAUCCUAUUAAAAAUGGCCAAGUUGUGCCUGAAACAAAGGAAGUGCAGAAAAGACUAUUUGAUGAUAAAAUGUAUAAACUGGAACAUGGGGCUCAAGACUUAAACGCUAUGGAAACCGCUAAACCACGACUAGUAAAACUCUUUAAUAGAAAUGAGGAUGCUUGGGCAGACUGCUACACUGCCAAUUCCAAACUACGAGCCGAGUUUAGGAAGCAAAAUUACCAGAUUAAGAAAAAAGAUGCUGAAGAUACAGCUUUGUUGAAAAAAUCUAGUCUUGACAUUCCUUUGCUAGAAGAAAGAGAUGAGGAUAGAAAAAUUGCAACAUUACUUUCGAUGAAACCGAUUAGGAGUUUUGAGGAAAAUCUAGAUGAGAAACGGAAGCAACUGUUGUCGCAAAGCGCAUUGCCCACUAGCAAUAUUAGUAGGAAAAGGCAAAUGGCGGCAAAUAAUUUGAAUAAAAGCGACAAAAUCGAUUUAGGGAUUAUUAGAAAAAAUGAUAAAAAUAAUUCUAAGAAAGAAGCAGCUAUUCUGGAUAAUAAACCAAACAGUACAAGAAGCAUAAAUGCAAAUAAAGAAAGUCAACCAGAAACGGAUACUUCAAGUAAACCAGAAGAGCCUAGUAAACGCCAAAGAUGUUCGAUAGUUAGUGACUAUGGAGUCUCUAGUAAUAGUGAAAGUGAAUGUGAAUAGAAACAUUACCACUUAUUGUAGACAUUUUCUCAGCAGACAAAGGACUCUUAUUAGCAUUAAAUAUCGUAAUUGCGUUUUGCAACCAUACAGGGUGGACCAAUCUGGAUAAUUUAAAAACAACCCGUAGCCAA